AUGUACAACGAUGAUUACGAUCGUAAUGAUCCGAGACGCCUGAGUUAUAUAACUACGCCCCUGGGCGAGUCAAUAACAACCAUCCCGCACGCCGCCGAUAGAUCGGAGUCCUCUCUAUCUCCGUCCUCGCCACUACAUCAAUCCUCGUCAGAUGCGCAAACGAUACAAACAAAUGGAAACCAACGUCCGCCGCUUGUUACACAUCGGUCCUUUGAGGUGGAAAGUGAUCCGAGCAAUGCCGAUGGUGCUCGAUUGCCUUCGGACACUGCAACGUCCUCUUUUCCUCUGAACGAUAUCGACUACGAAUCGAACCCUGCAGCCGUUGCUCAGGAACUGACCAAUCUCGCUGCGAUUCGGCGCAUGUCGAUGGAUGUGGCCGCCGCCGGUGAUCCUGACCUCCCAGGCUUCGCACAACCCCCCUCGCCCUCGGCCGACGAAGAUGACGCCUCCCGGUUAUUCUGGGUUCCUGCGCGACUGCACCCCGAACUGGCUCCGAAAGAAUUCAAGUCGUUUCUCGAUACCAAGGCCGACCAUAUCAAGCGCAGGUCCGGCGACUAUUCGACUUCAGGUUCCGAACUCCAAGGGUCGGGAGGUGGGCUCAAUCGCAAACGCUCUAUGUUGUCGAGACAAAUCGACAAUUCGUCGGGUUAUACAGAUGGGGCGGAUCGCUUGGAACGUCAACGCUCUCAAUCGAGUAGACGGGAUGCCAUGUUAAGCCCCAACUUGCAACAGUUGGAAACCUUGGUGGAUGAUUCGAACCCGCUGAACAAAGAAUCACUCAUGCGCGGCAUGCAGAAGAUUGAUCUCGCAGAAAACGAGGACAUGCCGAUCCUACCACCUGCACCUCCGGGAAACAGCCUACGCCGGUCAACCCGGACACAAUAUAAGAAGGCUGGAAGGAGUGAUACAGGACCUGCGGUUGUUCUACCCCAAGAUCCCACAACCUCGGGACUCGCCGGUGUCUCCAUUGAACCUUCCCCCAAACCGACGCGAGCGGCUCGAGCCCCCUCUGCCUCAUCGCAUGGCUCGGCUUAUGCCCCAAGUUCACCCGCAAGCUCGACAUUCGAUUCAAUUGUCGAUCAGCCUGAGGUCGAGCAGGAAGUCUUGUCCACCUCUGGUGGGCGACCGGAUGUCGAUUCAGGAGAUACGACCAAUGAACGGAAAUGGCAUUCUCGUAUCAGCUCGAAUGGCCGAACGACCGCGAACAUAGCCCAAGGCGAGCAGAAGAUCCCUGCAAUAAUUGAAACACCUCCCGCCACUGAAUCGAGCCGCAUACCAAGUCCGCCUUCACCAAGUAGGCGGUCACCGGAUCGUGCCGCGGCAUCUAAACCGUCACCGAAACCCACGUCUUCGCACGAGCCGGCACCGAAACGUCCCAAGAAUCCUCGCCAACCUGCCCUCGAACCCGCACCUUCGCUCAAUGACUUUGCCAAUAACCCUCAGAUGAUACCUGGGAACAGUACCCGCACCGACAGUCUUUCAUUCAUUCCUACUAUUCCAGAAGAACGCAAACCUGAAGAACGGAAACCCGACAGCAAGAAAUCAAAAGACAAGAAGGACUCUGAUGGUAGCCGCAAGUCUAGUUGGCAUUGGUUGCUGGGCAGCGAAGAAAAAGACAAGAAGAAGGACAAGGACAACGACUCAAAAAAGACCAAAUCAAAGACCGUCGAUAAAACUCAUGACAAUACACGCCUAGACGUUUUGCAAUCAUCUAUCGAGAGCACUCCGCGGGUACGCGAAAGCCUCGUUUUGGACCGUCCUGAUCCGAAACUCGAGGAAGAACGACGCAAAGACGGCGUGAGGAGGGCAUCUGGAGACCCGAAGAAAGAAAAGGAUGGCAUUUUCUCUUCUAUUUUCGGUGGUGGACGGAAGAAGCACAGUAGUGAAGGCCACCACCGAAAGCAUUCGUCACGAAACCUUUCUCCUGAACCCCCAAUACGAAUACUUCGCGCCGAUGUCGAUUACCCGUGGUCACGCUUCUCGAUUUUGGAGGAGCGAGCUAUUUACCGGAUGGCGCAUAUCAAGCUUGCGAAUCCCCGGCGAGCACUGUACUCUCAAGUAUUGCUGAGUAACUUCAUGUACUCAUACCUAGCCAAGGUGCAACAGAUGCACCCGCAGUUGUCAGUUGCUUCGUCUGGAUCAUCCCAGAGAUCAUCGAAAUCACGGGAUCAGCCGGAUGAGUAUCAGCAAUAUCAGCGAUACCAGCAGUCCCAGGAGCAACAACACUACGGAGAAAGUGCCUAUGACGAAUCUUCCAUGUAUGACUAUGAUGACGAUUCGCAUGAUCGCUACGGUAGCCAUUCGAGGAGCGAAAAGCAGGGCUAUGAAAAUGGCCAGGCUUACGGCCCAGGCCACCAGCAGCACGGACACUCGUCCUUUGGCGACGACGUUCAACUCGAUGACGACGAUGACGAUGAUAUGUGGUGA